AAGUAACUCUCUCUCUCUAUAUAUAUAUAUUUAAUGCAAAAUCUCACUUGGUUUAUAUGGCUUUGGUAGUUUUCAGAUUACAUUAAUGCAAAUUUUGUAGAUAGUUUCAAGCAGAAGAAAGCCUACAUUUUUACUCAAGGUCCAUUGCGUAAUACAUAUGCUGAUUUCUGGAGGAUGGUGUGGGAACAGAGAACACAAAUCAUUGUCAUGACUACAAAACUGUGGGAACGAGGUCGCAUGAAGUGUGGCCAGUAUUGGCCUGAAGUAGAUGGAACUGCACAGUAUGGUGAUGUUGUUAUUACAUCUACAGGUGAAACAGUUCGACAAGACUACACUGUCAGACAAUUUCAUGUGAUAAAGGGUGAUGAUUCACGCAGUGUUACUCAAUAUCAGUUUACUGGUUGGCCAGAUUUUGGUGUGCCUCCGAGUGCACAGUCAUUUCUACAAUUCCUUGAUGACAUACGUAAUGUUCAUGAUGAAAAUUCAAAGCACCUUGCACAAGAUGAGCGACGUCCUCCAAUUGUCAUGCACUGCAGUGCCGGAAUUGGUCGGACAGGAACACUUGGUGCUAUAGACAUUGGACUACAGCAACUGGAUGCUACAGGAAAGGUGAAUGUGGAAGGCAUCGUUAGGAAGAUGCGAUGUCAGCGUGCCUUCUCAAUACAAACACCAGAGCAAUAUGAGUUUUGUUUCAAAGCCAUCAUUGAGGCUUCAAAGAUUUCUAAACCAAACGACCAAGACUUGCAAGGGAAUUAAAACCUUGAAUUUAACUUUCACUAUGUACAGCAGCAUGCAUUGUCUCUAAAUAUUAUGUGUGACAAAUGAGAAUAGUCUUAUCAUCUGCAUCUCAUCAGUAGACGAGACAUUCUUUCUAUAGCAGUAGGUUGGUCUGUUAUUUUUUCUUGGCAGGAGGUAGCUGUCAUGGUAUGAAUAGACAUUGAACAAUAAUUUGUGAUUACUGUUAGCCUGAAAGUUCAACACCCACUGUAUCAAGGAGCAUGUAGAUGUGAUAUAGAUAGAAAGAAUUGAUAAAUGGGUAUUGAACUCUCAGACGUUCUUGU